UGUAGCCCAAAAACGUGACGAAAAUACAACAAGGAAGUGGAUAUUUAAUAAAAAGGAAAAUUAGUUAUCUUCAGAUAGGAAACGUUUUGAAUUAUCAAGUUAAUUUUUGUCGAUUUUUGAUGUUUCGAGAGAUAUAGUUAUCUUGGACUAUAGUUCGUCGUAUCGUGGAUCCAUAUUCACUCAAGCAAUGAACACAGAUGUUGAAUUCCACAUUAGGCAGAAUUAUCCAUGGACCAAGCUACCAGCAAAUGUCAAACAGAGUGUUGGGAACUCGCAGCGUGAAUAUGAGAAACAUGUGCAGUUGUACAGUAUCCGCAACCAGCUAAGGUUCCGCAAUAACCUAGUGAGACACGUGAGGAAGGAUGAGAGGAAGUACUAUGAGGAGCUGCUGAAGUACAGCCGAGAUCACCUGAUGCUCUACCCCUACCACCUGUCAGACAUCAUGGUCAAAGGCCUCCGCAUCACCCCCUUCUCCUACUAUAUCAGCAUCAUGGAGGACAUCAUGAACGUAGAGAAGAGUUACGACUCGCUGCCCAACUUCACUGCUGCUGACUGUCUAAGACUGCUGGGCAUCGGGAGGAACCAGUAUAUUGACUUGAUGAACCAGUGCAGGUCUUCCAAGAAAUUCUUCCGUAGGAAAACGGCGCGAGACCUGCUCCCCUCCAAGCCAGUAGAGAUCUCUGUAGAGCCGUGGUGGGUGGCUCAGACCGGAUACAUCACAGAGGAUGACAUCAGGAUCUGUUCGGUGGCAGAGAGGAAGGCGAUUGAUAAGAUGAUAGAUUCAGGACCCCAACUGGCUGGAUCAAUGGAGUACAAUGUGGUGCUGAGUCUGUACAACAGGGGAUACAUCUAUCUAGACGUGCCCAUCUCUGAUGACAGCUGCAUGUCAGUGCCCCCCCUGGAAGGCUUCGUGAUGAACAGGGUCCAGGGAGACUACUUUGAAACCCUUUUGUACAAAAUAUUUGUUUCCAUCGACGAGCAGACUAAUGUGUCAGAGCUGGCUAAUGUUCUGGAGAUUGACUUGGGCCUGGUGAAGAAUGCUGUGUCUAUGUACUGUCGCCUGGGUUUUGCCCUGAAGAAAGGAAGCUCAUUCAGCUCAGAGCAGCUCCACCCCACAUGGAAGACUGCCCCCUCUGUCAACAGACUGAAGAGCACAGUGGAUCCCAAACAGAUGCUGCUGUCGUGGGAACAGGGGAGUCCUGUGAUGGAGGCUGGAUCUUCGGCUACAGACACAGACACCACCAGCCUGGAGGACCAAGACAACACCAGUGUGAGCAGCCUGAGUAACCCUGGUCCUGCUGCCCCACCCACCAAGAGGAUCGCCUUCCUGUUUGACUCCACCCUCACUGCCUUCCUCAUGAUGGGGAACCUCUCUCCAAACCUGAAGAGCCAUGCGGUCACCAUGUUUGAGGUGGGGAAGCUGUCUGACGAGACCCUGGACAGCUUUCUGAUGGAGCUGGAUAAAGUAGAGAGCACAGCAGAGGGCGAGGCCCAGAGGUAUUUUGACCACGCUCUGACCCUCAGGAACACCAUCCUAUUUCUCCGCUACAACAAGGAACUAACCACCGACCAGGGCCCUGACCUGCCUAACAACGGCCUCCCCCUGGAUAUGCUCCGCUGUGAGAGUCUGCUGGGUCUAGACCAGGCCACCUGCAGCCGUGUCCUCAACAAGAACUACAAACUACUGGUCUCCAUGGCACCGCUCAGCAACGAGAUACGACCUAUCAGCAGCUGCACGCCUCAGCACAUUGGCCCAGCCAUCCCCGAAGUGAGCUCCAUCUGGUUCAAGCUCUAUCUGUACCAUGUGACGGGCCAGGGUCCUCCCUCCCUGCUGCUGUCCAAGGGCUCCCGGCUCCGGAAACUACCAGAUAUCUUCCAGGUCUAUGACAGGUUGCUGAUCACUUCCUGGGGUCACGAUCCUGGUGUGGUACCUUCGUCUAACGUGCUGACCAUGCUCAAUGACGCCCUCACACACUCCGCUGUACUCAUACAGGGCCAUGGGCUGCAGGGUCAUGGAGAGACGGUUCAUGUCCCCUUCCCGUUUGACCGGGAGGAUCUCAAAGGAGAGUUCUCCUCCUCCAACAUGUGUGUCCACAAGGCCCUGCUGCUGCUGAGGGAGAAGGUGGAUCUGGAGCACCAGUGUGGUUACAUCACCAUGCUCAACCCCAACAACAGGCACCGCAGGAGGGCCAGCGAGAGCUCCGACGGCAGGGGAGACAGUCAUCUGGGAGGUGGGUUGGAGGCCAACAGCAGCACUGAGUCCUUUGAGCUGGUCACAGAGGACAACAAUGGAGGAAAGCAAGCGGCAGAAGUGCCGUUGACAGAAGAUGACUGGGUCCCUCUAGAGCUGUGCUUUGGGAUGCCUCUCUUCAGCUCCGAGCUCAACCGCAAAAUAUGCCGAAAGAUCGCCUCGCACGGCCUCUGUAGCAAAGACAGCCUUCAAGACCUACUUCAUUCCAGCCGAAAACUAUCAUUGAAGGUCCUGAGUUUUGUUCAGUCGUUCCAGGAUGGCAGCCAGGGUCAGCCCGACCCUGACAGUGGAGUGUCCGGUCCUCUCAGCCAGCCCCCGGCCGAGUCUGGUGUUCCGCUGCCCGCUCUCAACCUCAUCUUCAAGGAUGGACAGCUGAGGGAGUGGAGUGGACGAGCACCUCCACCCCUCCACAUCUCAGCCCUGCAGAAAGACCAGACCUUAUAGACCCCUCCACAUCUCAGCCCUGCAGAAAGACCAGACCUUAUAGACCCCUCCACAUCUCAGCCCUGCAGAAAGACCAGACCUUAUAGACCCCUCCACAUCUCAGCCCUGCAGAAAGACCAGACCAACCCAACCUCCUCCUCCUCCUCGUAUUGUCCUAUGAUCAGAACCAACCCAACCCCUCCUCCUCCUCGUAUUGUCCUAUGAU